AUGAAGAUCUUCAGUCUUGUUCCAUUGGCAGCUAUUUUGAACUUUCUGACGCCUGUACUUGCGACUUCAAACUACAAAUGUGAGAGAUAUGUUGUGGGCGGGAAGUACGUAGAUGAAGCAGUUGAUGAAGCAUACGCUAAAGUGGCCGAAAAUAUGCCCGCAAAUUUCGAUCACGAGGCGCAACUUCGCAAAGGAUACAUCAGAAUUAAAAUGAAGACCUCAUUUGUAACUUCUGAGGUCCUAAUAACUGCGGGAUUUACGAGGAAUAAGGAAGUCCUUUCGGUAAAGGCUGUACUUCAAAAUAGACAAUAUCCAUUCGAGCCAACAACUUUGCCCGCUUCUAGGAUCAUCCCUAUAAGUAUCCCAACUUCAAACACUGGGUAG